GUUGGGUUGGCGUUGAUAUUCCACCUACUGAUUCUUUUCCCGUCUCUCCUUCAGUCCCAUGUGGACCCCUUUUCUAUCAAUCUUUAACUACUCCGACCGGAGUCUUGCAUAAAUGGCGGAAGUCGAAAACGGCUCUGUCAAUGAGCCCGCCCAAACAUCCCCGGUCGUGCCGCAGGCAGACAACAAGGAUGCGGCUGCUGUUUCAACACAGUCUGACGAGUCCGUUCCUCAAGACAAACCAACCCUCCCCGCUGAGGCGGAGCGUCAACAAAUCAAUACAGAACAGCCGGAGGAAACUAGUCAGUCAAGUAUUGAACCAGAGUCCACGGCAACCACAGAGUCAGCCGACCAAGUCGCAACUCCGACAGAAGCCGUUGUACCCCAGAUUCCCGAAGACCAACAACAACACCCCGAGUCAGAUCUGAAAAGUGAAGUCCCUGAGAGUCAAAACGAAGAUUCUGCUACCAAUAUCGAGAAAGAACCUCCCGCUGAAAGACAAGAUGUGACUUCGAUACCUCCCCGCGAUGAGAUUGGGCCGAUCACAAGAAUGCGCUCCGACUCGAGGUCUACCACUGCCACAGUUGCGACGCAUCGCUCUGUGACCCUUAGCUCCACCGUCUUCAUAGUGAGUGCCUUGGACGCAAUUGGCGCUUCGAAAGAGGCGCGCAGAAGCAAAGAAUUGGAGGAUGCUGUCAAGAGCGCGCUCAGCAACGUCAAGCAAUCCGAGGGCCAGCCGAUUGACCCUGAGGUCAUAUUCCGUCCGCUCCAGCUCGCCACCAAAACCUUCAGCAUUCCUCUGCAAGUCACCGCGCUCGACUGCAUUGGAAAGUUAAUCACCUACUCCUAUUUCGCAUUUCCAUCAGCUCAUGACAGCAAGACCUCUGAGACCGAAGCAAGCCCGGAGCAGCCUCCCCUUAUUGAGCGAGCCAUCGAUGCGAUUUGCGAUUGUUUCGAAAAUGAGGCUACACCGGUUGAAAUACAGCAACAAAUCAUCAAGUCACUACUUGCGGCGGUCCUCAAUGAUAAGAUUGUGGUACACGGAGCGGGUCUCCUCAAAGCUGUCCGCCAAAUCUACAACAUCUUCAUCUAUUCAAAGUCGUCUCAAAAUCAGCAGAUAGCUCAAGGCUCAUUGACCCAGAUGGUCAGCACCGUUUUCGACAGGGUCAACGUAAGACUGGACUUGAAGGAGUUGCGUUUACGCGAUGGCGAGAAAGGUCAAGCUAGUUCUUCGGACAAUGUUACGCUGGAGGCAGCCGACGCCCCUCAAGAGGAUGAACAUGUCUCUGAUGAACCUCAUGAGGCGAGCUCGGACCACCCUGUUUCGAAAGAGCCAGGGGAGAAGCUCACUCUGCAAAGCUUCGAGUCUAACAAGGAGGUCACCACGGUCAACGAUAAUGCGCCGACCAUGGUCACCCGCGCCAGGAAUCAGAGACCGGCCAGAUCCUCUUCGGGGACAUUUAUGGAAGACAGUGACAGCACUGCGGAUGAUGACGAAGAUGAGAUCUACGUCAAGGAUGCCUUCCUCGUUUUUCGGGCUCUAUGCAAGCUGAGCCACAAAAACUUGAAUCAUGAUCAACAGCAAGACCUCAAGUCUCAGAAUAUGAGAUCGAAGCUGCUCUCAUUGCAUCUUAUUCAUUAUCUUAUUAACAACCAAGUCAAUGCCUUCACAUCACCGCUUUUGACAAUCAAGAAUAGCUCAAGUAGCUCGGGCAGCUCCGAUGCGAUGACAUUUUUGCAAGCCAUCAAACCUCAUCUCUGUCUGAGCCUCAGUCGAAAUGGUUCUAGCUCUGUGCCCAGAGUUUAUGAGGUGUGCUGCGAAAUUUUCUGGCUCAUGUUGAAGAACAUGAGAGUAAUGAUGAAGAAAGAGCUUGAGGUUUUCUUGAAGGAGAUAUACUUGACGAUUCUUGAGAAGCGUAAUUCGCCCGCUUUUCAAAAGCAAUACUUCAUGGAAGUUCUCGAGAGAUUGGCUGGCGAUCCACGCGCUCUUGUUGAGAUCUAUCUCAACUAUGACUGCGACAGAACGGCUCUGGAAAAUAUUUUCCAAAAUGUUAUUGAGCAAUUAUCGCGCUAUGCAAGCAUUCCUGUUACGGUUACCCAUGCUCAGCAGCAGCAAUACCAGGAACACCAUGUCAAGGUUUCAUCUGUGGGAAGUGACUGGCAUCAACGUGGAAGCUUUCCCCCUUCUUUGACAACUGCCAAUGUAGCCAAUGUACAACAAUCAAACCUACAGAACGUGCCACCAGAGUAUACGCAGAAGAAUCAGGCGGUAGUGUGCUUGGUUGAAAUCCUGCAGUCAUUAGACAACUGGGCUUCGCAACGUCUAGUCGAUCAGUCUGCAUCUCUGCCUCUUUCAUCGUCUCAAAAAUCAAUCGACAACCCUAGGGAUUCGAUUGACAUGAACACCGCGUCGUUUCUAUCUUCCCCGAGGAUUGAGGGCACUGAGGGUACUACAACUCCAGUAGCAGAGGACGACCCAAGCCAAAUCGAGAAAAUCAAACAAAGAAAGACUGCUUUUACAAAUGCUGUCCAGCAAUUCAACUUCAAGGCCAAACGCGGAAUCAAACUCUUCCUUCAAGAAGGGUUCGUGCGCUCCAGCUCCCCGGAGGACAUUGCUGCCUUCUUGUACCGGAAUGACCGGUUGGAUAAGGCCAUGUUAGGAGAAUAUCUGGGAGAAGGUGAUGCCGAAAACAUUGCUAUCAUGCAUGCCUUUGUUGACAUGAUGGACUUCUCGAAGCGGCGUUUCGUUGACGCUCUUCGCCAAUUUCUUCAGCAUUUCCGCCUGCCAGGAGAGGCGCAGAAGAUCGACCGCUUUAUGCUAAAGUUUGCUGAGCGUUACGUAACUCAGAAUCCCAACGCCUUCGCCAACGCGGAUACUGCAUACGUUCUCGCUUACUCUGUCAUCAUGCUGAAUACUGAUCAGCACAGUGCCAAGAUCAAAGGCCGACGUAUGAACAAGGAAGAUUUCAUCAAGAACAACCGGGGUAUCAAUGAUAAUCAGGACUUGCCUGACGAGUACCUGUGUUCUAUUUUCGACGAGAUUGCACAAAAUGAGAUUGUGCUGGAUACUGAACGGGAGCAUGCCGCGAACCUCGGCAUCCCUACUUCUGCGCCGGCUGGUCUGGCCACCAGAGCUGGACAGGUCUUUGCGACAGUUGGCAGAGAUAUCCAAGGUGAAAAGUAUGCGCAGGCCUCCGAGGAAAUGGCAAACAAGACCGAGCAGCUGUACCGCAGCUUGAUACGGGCGCAGCGCAAGACAGCAGUCAAAGAGGCACUUUCCCGUUUCAUCCCGGCGACCUCAGUCCGCCACGUUGGUUCCAUGUUCAAUGUCACUUGGAUGUCGUUCCUGUCUGGCUUAUCCGCUCCUAUGCAAGAUACCCAGUACCUGGAACUGAUCAAGCUUUGUAUGGAUGGCAUGAAGCUGGCCAUUCGUAUCAGUUGUGCUUUCGAGUUGGAGACACCUCGGGUCGCAUUCGUGACAGCACUUGCGAAGUUCACGAACUUGGGCAACGUUAGAGAAAUGGUUGCGAAGAAUGUGGAGGCACUCAAGGCGUUGCUUGAUGUCGCUCUGUCCGAGGGAAACCAUCUCAAGGGUUCCUGGAGAGAAAUCCUUACAUGUGUCAGUCAGCUCGAUCGACUCCAGCUCCUUACCGAUGGGGUGGAUGAAGGUUCUCUGCCGGAUGUCUCUCGGGCACGUAUUGUGACUCAAUCGUCCUCUGAUGGUUCUCGAAAGUCUAUGCAGGCUUCGAGGCGCCCUCGUCCUCGGUCUGUCAAUGGACCAUCUGCCUUCCGUACAGAGGUUGCCAUGGAAAGUCGCUCCGUCGAAAUGAUCAGAGGAGUUGAUCGCAUUUUCACUAAUACUGCUAAUCUUUCGCAUGAGGCCAUUAUCGAUUUCAUUCGGGCAUUAAGUGAAGUGAGUUGGCAGGAGAUCCAGUCAUCUGGACAGACCGACUCGCCCAGGACCUACAGUCUGCAGAAGCUGGUCGAGAUCAGUUACUACAAUAUGACCCGUGUAAGAAUUGAAUGGUCGAAGAUAUGGGAGGUUCUCGGGCAGCACUUCAACCAAGUAGGUUGCCAUUCGAACACAGCAGUCGUUUUCUUCGCGCUUGAUUCGCUUCGCCAACUCUCGAUGCGGUUCAUGGAAAUCGAAGAACUCCCGGGUUUCAAGUUCCAAAAGGACUUUCUCAAACCUUUCGAACAUGUCAUGGCAAAUAGCAGCGCUGUGACUGUCAAAGACAUGAUCCUCCGCUGUCUCAUUCAGAUGAUCCAAGCACGUGGUGACAAUAUCCGCUCGGGUUGGAAGACGAUGUUCGGUGUUUUCACGGUUGCCGCGCGAGAGCCCUACGAAGGCAUCGUCAACAUGGCGUUUGAGCAUGUUACCCAGAUCUAUAACACUCGCUUCGGCGUUGUGAUAACGCAGGGUGCUUUUCCUGACCUCGUUGUUUGUCUGACAGAGUUCUCCAAGAAUUCAAGGUUCCAGAAGAAGUCCCUGCAGGCGAUCGAAACUCUCAAGUCAACAGUCUCAAAGAUGCUGAGGACACCCGAAUGUCCACUUUCAAACCGUGGGUCUUCAUCAGAGGGCACUCACGAGGACGCCACUAACCUCACGCAACAACUCACCCGCCAAUCAAAGGAAGAGCAAUUUUGGUAUCCAAUCUUGAUCGCCUUCCAGGACGUUCUCAUGACCGGUGACGACCUCGAAGUGCGCUCGCAGGCAUUGACCUACCUCUUUGAGACUCUGAUCCGGCAUGGCGGCGAAUUUCCACAAGAAUUCUGGGAUGUGCUUUGGCGACAGCUCCUCUACCCUAUCUUCGUAGUCCUGCAGUCGAAGUCUGAGAUGUCUAAAGUACCUAACCACGAAGAGCUUUCCGUCUGGCUGUCUACAACUAUGAUUCAGGCUCUGAGGAACAUGAUCACGCUCUUUACGCACUACUUCGAUGCGCUGGAGUACAUGCUCGACCGCAUUCUUGAACUCCUUACGCUAUGCAUUUGUCAGGAGAAUGACACCAUCGCGAGGAUUGGCAGUAAUUGCUUGCAGCAGUUGAUCCUGCAAAACGUCACCAAAUUCAAGCAGGAGCACUGGAAUAAGGUCGUCGGUGCCUUUGUCGAGCUGUUCACCAAGACGACAGCCUACGACUUGUUCACGGCCGCGGCCUCCAUCACUUCCAAGUCCUCCUCCAUCCAGGCCAAACCCGCAAACGGUGACACGGCGAACAGCGAAGGCAGCGCAAACGAAUCAGCUGAGACAGCAUCGGUCCAUGAGACCGGCAGUGUCGACCCAUCCAAGAUCAACGGAGCACAGAACGUUGCUUCGGAGCACGAGGAAGGGGAUAUGCCCACGGCCUCCAAUCCCACACUGGAGGACUACCGGCCUCAAACGGAGACUCAGCAACAACCCGCUGCGGUCACGGUUGCACGACGUCGGUUUUUCAAUCGGAUCAUCACCAACUGUGUGCUCCAGCUGCUCAUGAUCGAGACGGUUCACGAGUUAUUCUCGAAUGACAAGGUCUACUCGCAGAUUCCCAGUAACGAGCUCCUUCGGCUCAUGGGCUUAUUAAAGAAGAGCUAUCAAUUCGCCAAGAAGUUCAAUGAGGACAAGGAGCUGCGGAUGCAGCUUUGGCGUCAGGGAUUCAUGAAACAACCUCCCAACUUGCUUAAGCAGGAAAGUGGUAGUGCCGCCACUUACGUUCACAUCCUAUUCCGCAUGUACCACGAUGAAAGAGAGGAAAGAAAGAGCAGCCGUGCGGAGACCGAAGCCGCUCUCAUCCCACUCUGCGCGGAUAUUAUUCGCAGCUUUGUCCGUCUGGACGAGGAGUCUCAGCACCGGAACGUCCUCGCCUGGCGUCCUGUCGUGGUCGACAUUAUCGAGAGCUACACCAACUUCUCUUCGGAAGGUUUCAACAAACACAUCGAAACCUUCUACCCCUUGGCUGUUGAGCUGCUCGGCCGCGACAUGUACCCCGAGGUCCGCCUCGCUGUGCAAUCCCUCUUCCGUCGUGUCGGAGAGGUCAAGUUGGGUCUGCCUCCUCGCUCGCAAACACCUCCUAGCCAUCGAAACUCCGUCGCGAGCCAGCUGUCCCGUAAGCAUAGCGGUGGACGUUGAAAGAUGCCCUGACAGGAGCUAUAUUUGCCUCUCACCAAUGCUUGAAUUGUCAUUUUAAUACUGCUCUGCGUGUCCACGUCCCUUUAUUUUCUCUCUUUCAUCUUGGAUAUCCUCGCCUUCAUGAACGGGAAGGCUUCACUUUGUUCUGGAAGUCAUCUGGUGUAUUAGACUUAGUUCCAACAUAGCCUUCGUUCUUUUCUCUUCAUCGCGCGCCCUUAUUUCCCAAAAUUCAUCAUUAUUCUUCCUAGCUGUGCAAGCGAGCUUUAUAUAUGUAUGUAC